UUAAACCACUGUGCUUAUAGAGAGUUGACUUAUAUCGAUCGAUUAAUUUAGCGAUGCGGAAAGAAUCUUGCACCAGUUAGUUUCAAAAGACGGUGUUAAUGUCACGUCUUAGAAAUUCGUGUAGUAUAUUUCAUCACGGUCAUCAGGAACUGAUAUAUAAUAGAUAUUUAUUUACACUAUCGAUAUAAAUGAUUAAAGGAAGUUAUACUUAACUUUCGCGCCUAUGUGAAUAAACAUAUUUUUAUUUCUCGACCAGUAUUUUGAAAUUGACUAUGGGUGUUCAAAGGAAAGUCUUCGUUACACGGAAAGUUCCACAACCAGGAAUCGAACUUCUGGAAGAGGCUGGAUGUAAGGUAGAAUUCUGGGACAGCGAUGAGGCGAUUCCAAGGGAGGAGCUUAUACGUGGGAUAUCCGGUGCUCACGCCCUGUUCUGUAUGUUGACGGACACGAUUGAUGGCAAGGUACUGGAAGCUGCAGGACCAAAUUUACAGGUUGUAGCCACGAUGUCUGUUGGAUAUGAACACAUUGAUCUAGAGGCAUGUCGUGAACGAGAUGUUCGUGUUUGUAACACUCCUAACGUGUCCACAGACAGUGUGGCUGAGUUAACAGUGGCACUGCUGUUGCUCACUGCUCGGCGAUUACUAGAAGGGGUUCAAGCUGUUAAAGAUGGGCAAUGGGGGAAGUGGAAGCCUAUGUGGUUGUGUGGUAUGGAGCUUACACAGAAAACAGUUGGAAUACUAGGAUUCGGACGCAUAGGGUUUGGCGUUGCUAGGCGUUUGAAGCCAUUCGGAGUCAAAAGAAUUGUGUACCACGACGUUUGCAGAGUCGGCUACGCAGACGAUAUCGGGGCUAGUUUCGUAGAAUUUGAUAAACUCUUGAAUGAAUCAGAUGUUAUUUGCAUUUGUUGUAAUCUUACACCACAGACAAAACACAGAUUCAAUAAAUCUGCUUUCAAAAAGAUGAAAAAGAACGCCAUAUUGGUGAACAGCGGAAGAGGCGGAGUGAUAAAACAUGAUGAUCUCUUUGAAGCAUUAACUUCCGGAGAAAUUGCUGCGGCUGGACUGGACGUCACUGAACCAGAACCACUUCCGGCGGAUCACCAGCUUGUACAUCAACCGAAUUGUAUUGUUCUUCCGCACAUGGGAAGUAACACUUGGGACUCAAGGAAUAGUAUGUCGGAAACAACCGCCAAUAAUAUAUUAUCAGUUUUUAAUGACCAAACUGCCACUGGUUUAGUGCAGUAGAAAUUGCUUUUGAAUCGAUUUUACUUACAUGGUAUUUUUGCAGUUAAUAUCAAAAUACACUGUUGUUUCAAAAACUAAUACUAGAUUCGUUUCCAGAAAAGUUGUUUCUAAUACUAAUACUAGCACUAGAUUCGCCAAUUUAAGAAAAUAGACCCAUAAUAAAUUUCGACAAUUUCUGAGUGACUUCAUAUUUUCGUUGGGCAGUUUGUGAAUUUUUGGACGUGAAAGUAGAGAAUUCCUAUAUUUUUUUUCCUUUCAUAGAUUUUUUUUUUCAAAUUCACAUAUUUGUGAUGAAAACAAUGAACAAAUAAAAGCAAUGGGUCACCAGGCUUGUUUUUGUGAAAAAAAAAUGUUUUGAACACACCCACUGUUGCUGAAACUGCUAGCGAUUUUUCAACAUUUUUAUAAUUUUCUGCAUUUUUUAUAAAUACCAACCAAAAUAUGCAUCAAGACAGCACAAAAAGGUUUAUUCUUUCUACAGAUUUUAUUAUAUACUUAUUUGAUAUCAUAGUCAUAUUUGUAAUAAUAUAUCAUUACAAUAAUGGGUACAGAUGAAAAAAAUCUUGUUUCAUAUUCACUUUUGUGAACUUUUGUCUAUAAAAGUACUCAUAGUAAAGAAUAGUUUUUUAAAUUUUGAAAAAAAACUGUUGCAUAGAUUUUUCCCUGUUUUCCUUGUGUACAGAUAAAUGUAUUGUGAACAUAACAAUGGCCAAAAAUGUAUGGGUCACCAGGCUAAUUUGUAUGUUGAGACCUGUUUGGACGAAAAAUGGCGCGAACCUGACCAGAUUGAUUAUAUCUGCUAGAAGUUAAAAAAGUUAAAAAAAAAUCUUAAUCCUUUCUAUAAUUGAAUACUAAAUGAUCUGAAAGGAGAUGUUGUCUUAUCAAUACAAAGUUAAUUUUCUAACAUUAUGUGAACAAAAUCGUCUUUAUACUGAAAUGCGCUGUUAAAACACAGCCAAAAAUGGGAAGUUGCAUGAUACAUGUCAGGCAUGAUAUAUGUCAAUACAACAUAAACCAGUAUCAACAUUUAAUUAGUGAUAAAACUUAUUGAAAAAUGUUAUUCUAUUCAAGAUUCCUCAUAUUUAAGAUUGUCUGUCACAUGUUUCAACAAAUGUUGAAAAACAUAGAUUUUAUGUCAUGUUUCUCAUAGAUUUUAUGUUCUAAAUUAUCCUUUCUUAUUUGGCCUAUUUACUUUUGUUAACAUACACUUGUUAUAUAAUCGGUGGUUAUAAAAGCUUAUCAGAGCUUAUGUUACUUGUCUUGCCGACUUAAAAUAAAUCUUAUCUUAUCUUAA